ACCGAGUACUGUCACUUUAAGAAAAAUAUAUGGAUGUGCAAAUGGGAGGUCCAUCCUGUACUGUACAAUAUUCCAGAUUACGAGGAAAUUAUUGAAAACAAUAGCGUUUCUUGCUGGGACUAAGUAUUUAAAAACUCACUGAAAAAGACAAGCGAGAAGUAGCCGCGUGUGAGGGGUGUUGUUGUGAAGCUGCUGGGAGAUGUUCGGACGAUCAUUCUCAAGGGACCCCUGCUGCUCUCCGUUGGUUAUCCCACACGACGUGUGAAACCUAAGCUCUGCUCCGUGCCUGAAAACCACACGUCGGAAGCCCCUUUUCUGUGGAUUUAACAGUUAUUUUCUGUGUAUAUAGAUAUUUAUUUAUUUUACUGACGGGGAGACAUGGGCCACCCGGCGCUGGAGUUCAGCGACUGCUACCUGGACAGCCCCGAUUUCAGGGACCGGCUCAAGUGCUACGAGGCGGAGCUGGAGCGGACGAGUAAAUUCCUCAAAGACCUCAUCAAAGACGGCCAUAAUGUCAUAAAUGGCAUAAAAAAUUACUCUUUGGCUGUUCAGAAGUUCUCCCAGACUCUCCAGGCUUUCCAGUUUGACUUCAUUGGGGACACCCUCACUGACGACGAGAUAAACAUUGCCGAGUCAUUCCGGGAGUUUGCUGGCCUACUGCAGGAAGUAGAAGAAGACAGGAUGAUGCUGGUUCAGAAUGCCUGUGACCUGUUGAUCAAGCCGCUGGAGAAAUUUCGCAAGGAGCAGAUAGGAGUAACUAAAGAAAAGAAGAAGAAAUUUGAGAAGGAAAGCGAAAAAUAUUACUCUCUACUGGAUAAACAUCUAAAUCUGUCAUCGAAAAAAAAAGAAACCCAGCUGCAAGAAGCAGAUGUGCUACUGGACAAAGAAAGGUUAAACUUCUGUGAAUCAUCCGUGGAGUAUGUGUGCCAGAUCCAGCAGGUGCAGGACAGGAAAAAGUUCGAUGUGGUGGAACCUGUUUUAGCUUUUCUCCACAGUCUGCUAAUGUUGAACAACCUCACUUUCGAGACGACCCAAGACUUCCUGCCGUACAAGCAGGAGCUGCAGCUCAGCUUGCAGAACACGAGGAACCACUUUGAAAGCACCCGAGAGGAGAUGGAGGAGCUGAUGAAGAGGAUGAAGGAGUCACCCCAGAUGUGCAAAAUCCCUGGCAAGCCCACCAUCGAGGGGUACCUGUACUCGCAGGAGAAAUGGGCUCUGGGAAUGACAUGGGUGAAGUGUUACUGCAAGUAUUUCAAAGAGACCAGGCUGUUCGUCAUGGUCCCUGUGGAGCAGAAACCUGUUACCAGACAAGGUCCUACAGAGUUAACGCUUAAAUCCUGCAUACGGCGGAAAUCCGAGUCGAUAGACAAGCGCUUCUGCUUUGACAUAGAGACGUGCGAAAGAACGGCACCUGUCACGCUGCAGGCCGUCUCGGAGGCAGACAGGAAGCUGUGGAUAGAGGCAAUGGAUGGGAAAGAACCUAUAUAUCAUUCACCAAUUCAAAAGCAAGCUGAGAUGGAACUAAAUGAAGUUGGAUUCAAGUUUGUUAGAAAAUGCAUAAAUUUUGUUGAAACUAGAGGGCUCACACAAGAGGGUGUCUACAGAACAGUUGGCAGCAAUAUUCAAGUGCAAAAGCUUCUAAAUGCCUUCUUUGAUGCCAAAUGUCCAGGAGAUGUGGAUUUCCACAGUGGCGACUGGGACAUUAAAACUGUCACAAGCGCCAUGAAAUUCUACCUCAGGAGUCUCACAGAACCUCUGAUGACCUUCAGUCUCAAUCGAGAACUCAUCUUAGCUGCAAAAUCAGAGAAUCUUGACUAUCGACUUGGAGCCAUCCAUUCUCUUGUUUACAAGCUCCCAGAGAAGAAUCGGGAAAUGCUUGCAUUACUUAUUCGGCACCUGGUCAAUGUCUGCAGCCACAGUGCAGAUAACCUGAUGACCCCCUCCAACAUGGGGGUGAUCUUUGGGCCUACUCUCAUGAGAGCUGAGGAGGAGACGGUGGCUGCCAUGCUUGACAUAAAGUUCCAGAACAUUGUCAUCGAGAUCCUCAUUGAGGACUACGAGAAGAUUUUCAGUUCUGCACCAGAUGAAAAUUCAGCCCCACCCCUGCCUCCUCCCAGGGUGAACCCAAGAAAGCGUCAGCCAAUCACCAUUUCAAAACGUCCGCCUAGGCCCCGCCCAUUUAUCAAUCACAGCUUAUUUGAGACCACAAAUGUAGUUGAGCAGAGUGGCAUUGUGCCAAAUGGCAGCAGAUCACAAGGGAUGGAGAUGGACAGUGGAUGCCAAACUAGUCCAGUACCGAUGCAGCGGACCAAGCUGGCCAACUGCAGCCCACACAUCCAAAAGCAGCCACUGAAGCCCAAACCCAGUGUGAAGUCUGAAAGACACUCCGACUCUGAUGUCAGCAAGUUAGUCUCAAGGCUGCAGGAGGUCAGUCAGAGGGCAGAUGGAGCAACGUCGAAUGGAGAAGCAGGUGUCACAGUGAACAGGGCAUCCUCCUUUCAGAGCAGAAAGCCUUUGCCUCGAGAAGGUGAGGGAGACCACAUGAACAAGAUCAGGUCUCCCGCAGAGAAGCACGUCAUAUGUAGACCCCCGAUGAGGCCACCCGAUCCUCCAGUUCGGACUCCAGCACUUCAGAAGCCUCCAAAUUCCUCCUGCACCGAGGCACCUCCAGCAUCUUACGUCGCUUCCAAAGCCAAGUUUUUCGAGAACGCAUCAAGGCAAGGUCGGAGUCCAGCGACUUCACCAUCACCGUCUGCUUUGCUGAACAUGAGAGAGGAGAGUUCAAAGUGAAGAAUCUGGCAGAUGUCCUCGCAAACCACUGCAUUUUUGGCAUCCAGGAUCAGAUCUGGAAGGGAAUCGGUAUCCACCAAACAUUUUCAACAACAAUCAUUGUACAGCGUACUGUUCAGGGAAGCUGGGCGUCCCUCAGUGUAAAGUAGCUAUACCUAGUUUUUUGCUGCAAAAAAUGUGCUAAAAUUGAGGUAUUGGUGUGGUUUUGCUGUUUCUUUUAAAACUGCACUGAACAGGGUGCUCUUGUUUCCCCCCCCGUAUGUAUUAAGGGAUAUAAAUUCUACGUUUGUGUACUGUUGCAUGUAGAUCAAUGUUUCAGUUUGAACAAAGUUUUGAUCUUGACAAUCCAAGAUCCCGUUUGAAUUGAAAGGCACUCUUCCUUGUGCGGAUCCUUUCUACAAAUCAAGGCCAAAGUGCUGUAUAAAUGUGAGGGUCUCUCCCCCCCCCCAUUAAAAGAAAGAAAAAGGACUUAAAAAAAGCACUACCUUCUCUCAGUUUAACCCAGAAUCCUGUCAUUUUAAAGCCAGCGACCCAAAGCUGUCACAUAACAGUCGAUUAAAUAAGAUGUGAACCUUCUUCAGAGUUUCACUCUUGUCUGUGGUGUAUAAUCCUUGUCUUACGAUAACUACGCAUUCAGGAGUUUACAUUCAGGACUCGGUACCAGUUUUUCCCUCCAAGUUUAUCUUGGAUUCCCAGUUUUCUUUUCUACCAGCUAAGCAGUUUUGUUCUAACUUUAAAGAGCUGUUCUUGGGGCUCACUUUUGAGUUCAAAAUAUAACCUGUGUAGAAACGUUGUGUUUGUGGAUGUCUGUUUUGUUCUUGAAUGUCUUCUCUUAAAUGUGAAUUUGAGAUGUAAAGAAAAAGAUGCCAUGGUCAAUUGCAUGAGGUACUUCUGUUUGAAAUAUAAAAACAAAUGGAAUGUUACUUGCUGAAAAAAUAUUAAAACAUAUUUUUUUGCUUUCUUAAUGACAAAAGAAUCUGUACAAAACAAUGCCUCCUCAGUUUUGCCUUCUUACAGUAUAUGGACCAACACUUGUCGAUUACAGUGUUGUAGUUGCAUAUUCAAUUUCAGUGCGCAUGUGUUUGAAAAAGGUUUUUUUUUUUUUAACAAAGCAUUUUCAUUUUGUAUCAUCCCUGUUUUCUGUCCAAAAUUCCUCAGUUGUAGUACAAUUUGUGGAAGCUACGAAUGCAUUCAGUGUCUUGUAUAUGACAUGUUUUAACCUAUUUUAGUUAAUAUUAUUUCUAAUAAAUGAUGUUAAAAUGUUUACAUGUUCAUUUUGUUAUUCUGUGUCUGCAAUACUAGUCAAUGUAUGUAGACUAUACUUAUCAUAUAUCAUGGGACCAGUUUCAGUUGCUUUCAUUCUCAAAUUAUGUCAGAUUUCCUUUAGUGAAGAACACAGCAGUGCCAUAUGUUUUGGAGAUUAUUCAACAGGAGCUCAUAUUUACCAAAACAGGGAUAGUCAGUGGUUUAGGGUUCAGUACACCUGUAACUGUGUAUAGCAGAGCUGUGCAUUUUAUUCUUGCAGUCCUAGAUUUUGUUAUUUUUCGGGAUGCCGAUGAGUAGUUAUUGCUGACAUUUUUACAUUUAUUAUGCCAGUUAAUUUUAGAGUUUAAUAUCAACUUGUUAUUCUCUUGCAUCAGAUAAAUCCUUGGAGAAC